CAGUGUAAACAGCCAUGGCUGCCCUGCGCAGGCUUAUCCCUUUACUUAGCUUCAAGACAGGGACGUUUACGACGCAGAAAGCAACGAAACUGUUGAAAGUUGUCUCCGUAGGAACCGCUGCGGCCGGGGCUGCUUACUAUUAUUACUACUGCUGCUCGUACAGGCGCUCCGGCUUGAAUAGCCAUGUCGGGGCUCGACUCUUUCAUCUGGCGCUGCCAUCAGUCUCUGCCACCGAUAAGGCGCGGACCUAUGGUUUGGACGAUGGAGAUGUGUACAUGUCGACCAAUGAAAACAGAUUUCGCCAGUUCAGUUCGGUGGAGCACGAGGGCCAGCUCUACAUGACGCCACUCAACUUCCUGGAGUCCGUCACUUUGAAUGAACCAAAGAGUAGGAGAGCAUGGAAGUCCCUCACAAACAAGGAUUUAGACAAGAUGCUGGCUGACACCCCGCCUGUUUGGAAAGGAUCAUCCAAUUUGUUUAGAAAUCUGCGUGAACGAGGUGUCAUCAGUUACACAGAGUACCUCUUCCUGAUCUGCAUUUUAACAAAGCCCCAUGCAGGCUUCAGGAUUGCGUUCAACAUGUUUGAUGCAGAUGGGAACGAAAUGGUGGACAAAAAGGAGUUCUUGGUGCUGGAACACAUUUUCCGUAAGAAGAAGGAGAGAAAGGAAGUUGCUGAUGACGUGCAUAGAUUUGACCAGCAGAGCCUGCAGCUGUACGGUCAACCCAAAUCCCAGCCACACAGUGUUCUUAAAAAAGACAGUCAGCAUGUGGAGGCCCGAGGCAUGUGGGAUGUUCUCAGACGUGGCACAAGUCAAGUUCUGUUUUCUGAUCUCACUGAGCAUGUGGAUGAAAAGAUAGAGACAACCCUGCUGGUGCAUUUCUUUGGGAAGAAGGGCAAAGCUGAGUUGAAAUUUGAAGAUUUUUACGAGUUCAUGGACAACCUGCAGACAGAGGUGCUUGAGAUAGAGUUCCUCUCCUACUCCAAAGGCCUGCCCACCAUCAGCGAGGAAGACUUUGCUCGGAUCCUGCUUCGCUACACCAACGUGGACGACGUCAGCGGGUACUUGGAGAACCUGCGCCACAGCCUGCCGGACGAAAAGGGAAUCACCUUUGAGGAGUUCAGGUCCUUCUUCCAGUUCCUUAACAACCUGGAGGAUUUUACCAUCGCCAUGCAGAUGUACAACUUCGCCAACCGCGCCAUUGGUCAAGAGGAGUUUACCCGCGCCGUCUACGUGGCUACGAGCAUCAAGCUGACCCGCCACCUGGUCAACACGGUCUUCAAGAUCUUCGACCAGGACCACGACGGUAAACUCAGCCACAAGGAGUUCGUCGGCGUCAUGAAGGACCGGCUGCACCGCGGCGGGGGGGGUGUCAGGAUGGAGGAGAAGUUCACCAGCUUUAAGUCCUGCAUGAAGAAGCAGCUUUCAGGAAAAUAGGUGAAACCCCCAGCAUCAGUGCAUGUCUUAACUACGACGAGCUGUGCCUCCUAUCUGCGCUCACGACCAGGACUGAAGGGUUAAUGCAUGUUCCAGCAUCUUCUUGCACUAUGUUAGAAGUUUUUACAUAAACAGGAUGUUGCACAAACAGGAUGUGGGAAGCUGUUGCAAACAAACAAGAAUGACCCAUUAUGAACCUUAAUCCCCUUAAUGCAGCAAUGCAGGACUCUAAAUAGGAUAAUCAGUUUAUGUAACUGCUUAAAAGAUACUUAAAUAUUUAUUGAUUCAUCGACUUGUAAAUAUAAUUAUCAGUUUAAGAUUGUUAACACUGAUCCUAUUUAUUUAUUUAUUUAUUUAUUUAUUUGUUAAGUCCAACUUUGUCUAACUUUUUCUGCUCUACCAGUGAUUGUUUGAUUCUCCUUUUGUCCUGAGGCUCUGCAGCCCCUGCACAGAUCAGCUCAGGACAGCACCCCCCCUCCUCCCCUCCUUUAUAUCCCUCUCCUCCUCUCUCCCUAAGCGCUGCAGCUAAAAUCCUCCCGGAUCCCCCACUGGACAAACCCUCUCAAUCUGUAUCUCUUUUUCACUGCUUAACUACAGGCAGCUAACAGUGUUAAUCAUUUCUUAACUUAUUGAGGACAAGUGCUAUUUCCAUGCCACUGGCAGGGAUAAAUAUAUCAAAGCCAUACGAGUGUCUUGGGACACUCAUCUUAAAUUAAUCUUUAGAAGCAAUAUAUUGAAAUCGUAUUCCCUUUACGCUCUGAAAAGAAUAGUACUUCUUCUUCUUUAUAAAUAUACUCUCUUGUACUACUGUUCAGUAUGUAACUGAGACAUUCUUAAUGAUUGGUGUAAUGUUUGCUUUGGGUGGAGCUGAAAAAAGAUAGCAAAAUGUUACACGCUAAUAUAUUAACCAGACUAAUGUAGUUCUGUUUAGAUUAGUUAGUUUUGCCUCUUUAAAGAGUUUUAAAUGCUCCAUAGAAGUCUUUUAAUUCAGGCCGCGACUGUUACACUGAUGCAUUUGACAUGACAAGGUGCAAUAAAUAUCAUAUAA